AAGGACUGCUAAGAAAGCAGAAGGGAGGAGGAGAAGAAGGAGGCAGGGCAGUGAUCAGUAACCAAUCGGAGCUGCCCCAGUGAGCUGCAGCAGCACAGCACACAAGCUAAGGGUUUUGGAAGGUGCACACAGUGCUGGACUCGCUUGCCUCUCUGAGGACAUGAGACAAUGUAUUCACCAACGUCAGGGCUUUUAGGAGGAGUCAAAAGAAUUAUAUAAACAACAGGAUUUACCCAUAAGUGAACAGCUUGCAACUGAACAAUAUAAGAUGUUUCUUUUCUGGACAACAGUCUACGUAUUCUUUUGAAGACAAAGUUCAAGCACACAAUUCUUUCAGGAUGUAAAUAUAGAAAUUGGUCAUAAAAAAAAAAUCAUUAAGAGCAAUGGAUGCUUUUAGAAGACCUUAUUGGACUGUUUUCCCAAGGAGGAUUUAGCUUUACCUCCAGCCUGGGCGCCACCGCUGGAUUACAAAAGCACAAGAUUAAAAACACAAAGACUUUGAACUGGAAAGAUAUCCUACAAUGAAAAUUACGAGCACAUCAGGUAUCUGCCCAGUCCUAGUGUGUCUCUGUUUUGUGCAGAGGUGUUAUGGAGCAACACAUCACACCUCCGUCAAGGUGACCAGAAACCAAACCAAACAGAUAGAAGGGGAAACAGAAGUGCAUCACCGCCCAAAACGUGGAUGGGUAUGGAAUCAGUUCUUUGUUUUAGAAGAACACAUAGGACCGGACCCUCAAUAUGUAGGAAAGUUACAUUCGAAUUCAGACAAGGGUGAUGGAUCAGUAAAGUACAUAUUAACUGGGGAAGGAGCUGGGACUAUAUUUCUUAUUGAUGACACAACAGGAGACAUCCAUGCAACCAAAAGUCUGGAUCGAGAACAAAAAACACAUUAUGUUCUACAUGCGCAAGCAAUUGACAGAAGAACAAAUAAGCCCCUAGAGCCAGAGUCGGAGUUUAUUAUUAAGGUACAAGAUAUCAAUGACAAUGCACCUGAAUUUCCCGAUGGACCUUACAUAGUCAAUGUUCCAGAAAUGUCUGAUAUCGGUACUUCUGUUAUUCAGGUGACGGCCACAGAUAGUGAUGAUCCUACUUAUGGAAACAGCGCCAGAGUUGUUUACAGUAUUCUUCAAGGACAGCCGUAUUUCUCUGUUGAUCCCAAAACAGGUGUGAUAAGAACAGCUUUACCCAACAUGGACCGAGAAGCCAGAGAGCAUUAUUCUGUUGUUAUUCAAGCCAAAGAUAUGGCUGGCCAAGUUGGAGGACUUUCUGGAUCAACAACCAUCAAUGUGACACUUACUGAUGUUAAUGAUAAUCCACCAAGAUUUCCACAAAAACAUUACCAGCUAUAUGUUCCUGAAUCAGCUCAAGUUGGUUCUGCAGUAGGAAAAAUCAAGGCGACUGACGCAGACGUUGGAGUAAAUGCUGAAAUCAGAUACUCAAUCAUCAAUGGAGAUGGUGUUUUUUCCAUUUCUACUGAUAAGGACACAAGAGAGGGGAUCCUUUCCCUUAAAAAGCCAUUAAACUAUGAAAAAAAGAAAUUGUAUUCACUUAAUAUUGAAGGCGUGAACACCCACUUGGAUCACCGUUUCUCUCACCUGGGUCCAUUUAAAGAUACGACAAUGCUGAAAGUGAUUGUGGGAGAUGUAGAUGAAGCGCCAGUCUUUACCAUGCCUUUCUAUGAGAUGGAGGUGUAUGAAAAUUCACAGGUUGGAACUGUCGUGGGAAUGGUUACAGCACGAGAUCCAGACAGUGCCAGUAGCUCAGUAAAAUAUUUUAUUGAUAACAACUUGCAAGAGGACAAAGUUUUUCUGAUUGACUCAGAUAACGGGGCUAUUAGGACAGCACAACCCUUGGAUCGCGAGGAAAUCCCAUGUUACAAUAUCACCGUUACUGCUUCUGAAACAGACAACCCUACACUGGCAAGUUACGUUUCUGUUCUCAUCAAAGUCCUAGACGUCAAUGACAAUCCACCACAUGUCGUAAUUGAAGAUAUUGUUGUUUGUGAAAAUAGCAGAGCUGGCCAGGUUAUUCACACUAUCUCGACCACAGACAAAGAUGACACUGCAAAUGGACCAAGGUUUUAUUUUUCUCUUCAAGAGGGACAUGCAAUUAAUCAAAAUUUUACCUUAAGAAACAAUGAAGAUAACACUGCUAGCAUUAUAACACGACGCCGAAGAUUUAGCAGGACAUCCCAAGAUUUAUACUAUCUUCCUGUUGUUGUUGCUGAUAGUGGAAUUCCUUCUUUAAGCAGUACCAGUACUCUCACAAUCAGAGUAUGUGCUUGUGAAAGAGAUGGUCGUGUGCGAACAUGCCAUGCCGAAGCAUUUCUUUCUUCUGCUGGACUCAGUACCGGUGCCUUAAUUGCGAUUCUCCUGUGUGUGGUCAUUCUACUAGCCAUUGUGGUCCUUUUUAUUACUCUGCGGAGAGGCAAAAAAGAACCCCUUAUCAUUUCUGAAGAGGAUAUUCGGGAAAAUGUUGUAACAUAUGAUGAUGAGGGUGGUGGAGAAGAGGACACAGAAGCUUUUGACAUUUCAGCCCUUCGAAACCCAUCUGCUGCAGAGGAUCUGAAAUAUAGAAGAGACGUCAGACCUGAAGUUAUGUGUACACCAAGAAAUCUAGAUCAAGCAGCCAUAGACACCAUAAAUGUUCAGGAAUUUCUCAAACAAAAACUGACUGAGGCCGACCAUGACCCGAGUGUACCACCUUAUGACUCCUUGCAGACAUAUGCAUAUGAGGGGCAGCGAUCAGAAGCAGGAUCUAUCAGCUCUUUAGAUUCAAUAGGAACACACUCUGACCAGGAUUAUAAUUUUCUUGAUGACUGGGGACCAGAAUUUAAAAAGUUAGCAGAACUUUAUGGAGAAAAGGAACCACAAAGAACAACUUAGUUUACUUUUUCAAAAAACUGUGUUUUAUUUACAAAACAACUGGAAGCAUAACCACAAGAUUUAAAAUAAAUUCAUACUUGGAACUCAGCAAGUUGUUCACUUUUACUGUAGAAGCAAGUGCCAUUUUCAUAUUAAAAACUGGGUUUCAGAUUUUGAAAAUAGAGAAGCAAAAACUAUUUUCCCUUGUGUAUAUUUUUUAAUCAAUAAAGUUGGUGGUUCCACAUACAGUACAUACAGAGUA